UAUGGUUAUCGAGUUUUACAGUUGGUGCAAUUUACAAGCUGAGUGAGCCGUGACAAAUGAUCAGUUGAAGACAUGUGCCGUUUCGUUACUUCCAGGUGCUUCCAUUAAUACCGGCCAAGCAGCUCGUUGUUGCCAGUGUUACACUGAUCCUCUUAACACACGUGCAGAUAGAUGCCAAAGAGUAGUGAGGACACGUGGGCACUGACGGACCUAAAGGCAGAAGCACCUAAGCCGAGUUAGCUUCUUGAAGAGUCAAAAUCAAACCUGACUACUUCAUGACUUUACUUGAUUUUCCAGUUUACAAAUUUGGACAAGGUUGAGGGUCCGUCACUGCUUUGAAGUAGUUGCCACGAAGACAAGCCCCAUGGAGGAUAGCAGAUUGUCAGUCAACAUAGAUAGAAGUCUGCAGGAUUGUAGCGGAGCCAGAAUCUCCGGCUGUUGGUCCCUGAGGUCCGACUCCAGCGGGAGCAGCGACGAUUCUUUGGACCGGCUCUUUCCCCCCGCCAGUGCCCCUCGCAGGAAGAGCACCACAUCCCUGAGUAAAACUGAGCCACCCUUGCUUCGUACGGGCACACGCACCAUAUACACUGCCGGUCGACCUCCCUGGUACGACGAGCACGGAGCACAGUCCAAAGAGGCCUUCGUCAUCGGCUUAUGCGGGGGCAGCGCCUCAGGGAAAACCACCGUGGCCAACAAGAUCAUCAAGGCUCUGGAUGUGCCCUGGGUAGUGCUCCUGUCCAUGGAUUCCUUCUAUAAGGAUUUGUCUCCUGAAGAGCAAGCCUUAGCGGCAAGUAACGACUACAACUUUGAUCAUCCGGGGGCCUUUGACUUUGAGCUGCUGGUUGGCACUUUGCGCAAACUCAAACAGGGCAAAAGUGUGAAGAUCCCUGUGUACGACUUCACCACACACAGACGACAGAAAGACUGGAAGAAUGUCUACGGCGCAAGCGUGAUCGUAUUUGAAGGAAUUAUGGCGUUUGCAGACAAACAUCUUCUUCAGCUCCUGGAUAUGAAAAUCUUUGUGGACACGGACUCGGACAUCCGGCUGGUCCGCCGCCUUCGUAGGGACAUCACGGAGCGCGGGCGAGACAUGGAAGGUGUCAUCAAGCAGUACAACAAGUUCGUCAAACCGGCAUUUGAGCAAUACAUUGAGCCCACCAUGAGGUUGGCCGACAUUGUGGUCCCCAGAGGUGGUGGCAAUAUGGUGGCCAUCGAUCUGAUAGUCCAGCAUGUGCACAGCCAGCUGGAAGAGCGUGAGCUCAGUUCCAGGGCACUCCUAGCAUCCGCCCAGCAGACUCAGACAUUGCCGCAGAUGCUCAGUGUGUUGGAAAGCACCCCGCAGGUCAGAGGCCUCCAUACUAUCAUCAGGAAUAAGGAAACCAGUCGAGAUGAAUUCAUCUUCUACUCAAAGAGAUUAAUGCGUCUUCUUAUAGAACAUGCACUCACCUUUUUGCCAUCACAGCCAUGCAAGGUCAACACUCCACAGGGCCACGAGUACCAAGGCCACAGAUACGGCGGCAAAGGGAUCACCGGCGUGUCCAUCCUGCGGGCUGGAGAGACCAUGGAGCCCGCCCUGAGGGCCGUGUGCAAGGACGUGCGCAUCGGCAAGAUUCUCAUCCAGACGAACCUUGACUCGGGCGAGCCGGAGCUUCAUUACCUGCGUCUGCCCAAAGACAUCAGCGAAGAUCACGUCAUUCUCAUGGACAGCACCGUGUCCACCGGGGCUGCUGCCAUGAUGGCUGUUCGAGUGCUUCUGGACCACGAAGUGCAAGAGGAGAAGAUUCUGCUGGUGUCGCUGCUGAUGGCUGAGCUGGGUGUGCAUUCGGUGGCCUACGCCUUCCCCAAAGUGAAAAUCAUCACCACGGCUGUGGACAAGAGCCUGGACCACUCUUUGCACGUCAUUCCCGGGAUCGGGGACUUUGGGGAUCGUUACUUUGGCACAGAUGGAUUUGAGAAAUGCACUGAGGACCAGGAACAGAGGCCACACUGAUGCGCCAAACAACUUUGUGGUGUGUUUUCACUGUGGUUAAAUGGUCUGAACUCUUGGCCCAAUGUUGAAUUUUAAUAGCAGGUAGGUUUGGGUCAACCUGUUCAACAUCUUCAGGAAUCUCAUGACUUUGAGACAGCAGCAAUCUUGUGACCUUAAGCAAUAACAGUGUUAAUAUUAACGUUUUUUUCCCCCCCAGGGAUUCAUUGUAACAAGGUUCCACUCGUAUUAUUUUACGUUGUGAUACUAAAAUGUUCAUACUCUGUUCAUAUUCUGCUUAUUAAAGUUGAAACACCGUCAAGGGCAUAAAGACAAACUGGCACUUCAGCUGGUAAUGAUUAAUUUAAACAUAUUACUAGCAGGGGCUAGGAAUUGGGAUGUGAUAUUAUUUAACGUUUUUGUUUUAGUAUAGUUGGCCCCAAACUAAACGACAAGACAUUUUUCUUCAUAAAAAUAGUGCCAUUGCCUGCUGGCUCUCUUUUGUCUCCAGCUAGCAGUGCCAACUAGGUCCUAGCACCGUGACAUCAAGACGUAGACCGUGAAGGGAUCCAUAAAUCUGUAAAAAUACCAUAGGCACAAUUAAGAUAGCUGCCCUCGGGCCUCAGCCAUGAGGGGACUUCUCACUUAAGUCCAUGCCUUGAAUCUGCUUAAUUGUAAGUGCUGCCUCAGUCCCGUUACAUCUCAUAUUGUUAAAUCUUGAAUGUACUGAUGUACUUAAAGUAUGAGCAUUGUUCCAAAAG